UUCAGCAACAUGCAAAGUUUUUCGGUUUUCCAUUUGGCUUUAGUCGCUUUAGUUUUAAGCGGAACUGCUGUUUUCGCUUCACCUUACUCGCCACCACAGGAAUUUGAUUUUUCAGUAGGCUUGGAAUAUAUUAAUGCUCGUUUAGAGCGUGCCGAGGAGUUUCUAAACUAUCGUCUACCCAAUCAAACCUAUCCGGAACAUUAUGAUAUAGAACUCAGCACUAAUGUUCAUACUGGUGAUAAGGCCUUUAAGGGUAAAGUGACAAUUGAUGUUGUGGUAGUGGAAACUACUAAUGCCAUCGUUAUUCAUGCUCGUCAACUCAAGGACUUUAAGACGUCGUUGGUAAAUCCAGUUAAUGGUCUACAAGAAAACUUGAAAUUUGAAUACGAAUUGGAACGUGAAUUUUUAACAUUGACUCGUUUAAAUGGUGCUAAAUUUGAAGAUGAUACCAAGUGGAAAGUUACCAUUGAAUAUAGUGGUGAAUUACGUACAGAUAAUGGUGGUUUCUAUUUGUCAAGUUAUACUGGUGUUAAUGGUGAAAAGAGAUAUCUGGCUACAACACAAUUUGAAAGUACUGAUUCCCGUCAUGCCUUCCCCAACUAUGAUGAACCCGCUAAACGUGCCAAUUUUACCAUAACCAUGAAUCAUAGUCCAACCUAUUCAGCCAUUUCAAAUAUGCCCGUCAAUGAAGCUCUCUCAAGACCGGGAAAAACGGUAUUUUUAACCACCGAUAAAAUGCCCAGCUAUAUAGUAGCUUUCAUUGUAUCCGAUUUUGAACAUAGUGAUGGUGUUUUAAAUGGUUUGCCUCAACGUGUCUUUUCACAUCCCGGUACUAAACAUGAACAAGAAUGGGCUUUAGUUUCUGGUAUGUUGAUAACAGAACGUUUGGCUGAGUACUAUGGAAUAGAUUAUAUGUUACCUAAACUGGAUCAAGCUGCCAUACCGGAUUUCGCUGCUGGCGCCAUGGAAAAUUGGGGUUUGGCUACUUUCCGUGAAGAAUAUUCUUAGUAUAACAAAGAAACUUCUACAGUUUAUACUCAGACUAAUAUUGCUAGAAUUAUUGCUCAUGAGUUUUGUCAUUUGUGGUUUCGUGAUUAUGUAGCGAUACAAUGGUGGUCUUACUUGUGGUUAAAGGAAGGUUUUGCUACUCUCUUCGGUUACAAAGGAAUGGAUGAUGCCUAUCCGGAAUGGGGUGUUUGGCAAGAUUUUCAUGUUGGUGAAUUACAAAGUGCUUUAAGUCGAGAUGCUGGUACUAAUCCUAGACCCAUGACAUAUUAUGUACAAAAACCCAGAGAAAUUUCUCAGACAUUUGACACCGUCUCCUAUGCCAAGGCUGGUUCUGUCUUACAUAUGUGGAAUCAUGCU